AUGGCGAAAUUGGACUCUCUAAAGUUGCUUCUUGCUAAAAAACCUAUUGACAUCUUAACAGUAUCAGAAAGCUGGUUGAAGCCUUCUAUUUUGGACAGUGAAGUAUCUAUUGAUGGUUAUUCCUGUGUUAGAAAAGAUAGGUUGGGCAAGGUUGGGGGAGGAAGUUUGAUCUAUGUUCGGGAGGGUAUUCCGUUUCGCUUUGUUGUCGAGCUUAGUCUUGCUUCAGCUGAACUUUGCUCUAUUGAAAUCUUACGUCCUAAAGCUAAGAAGGUUAUUGUUUGGUCUAUUUAUCGCCCCCCAAACGGCAAAGUCGAACAGUUUGUUAAUGAGUUAAACGAGCUUCUCCUGAAUGUCGCGGACAAAGAUGAAUUAUUGGUUUUGGGUGAUUUUAAUAUCUCGUGGAAUGCAAAGUCUGCUGUGGACAAGGCAUUAAAACGUAAAUUGAAAAACUUAGCAAACGGUCAUGGCUUGGAACAGAUAAUUGAUCAACCCACGCGUGUUACGGAAAAAUCUUCAACCGUGCUCGAUUUAAUAUUCACAAAUUUUCCGCAUCGCAUCAUUGACCAUGGUAUUGUUGAUCCCUCAUUAAGCGAUCAUUCAAUGGUUUUUUGUGUUGUUAAGGCCUGUGUUAUUAAAGCCCCAGGAAAAACUAUUGAGUUUCGUUCCUAUAAGCGCUAUCAAAAACGAAAUUUUAUUCAGGAUUUGCGUAGUGCUGAUUGGAGUGUUGUUGAUGAUGAGCCAACUGUUGAUUUGGCUGUCUUGGCCUGGAAUAAUUUGUUUCUGUCGAUAGCUAAUAAACACGCGCCUAUCAAAACAACUCGAAUAAAAGGCUCCAAACUUCCUUGGCUAACAACAGAGUUGAUGGAUGCUAUGCGCAAACGUGAUUUUUAUCGUAAAAUGGCGAAGAAAUCUAACUUGCAAAGACACUGGACAUUGUACAAGGACUUAAGAAAUUUUGUUAAUUCAGAGGUCAAGAGAUGCAAAGCUGAGUAUUAUACAAGGCUAAUUGAUGAAAAUAAACAAAACCACAGUGCUUUAUGGAAAACACUAAACGAAGUUACAUGUCGUAAGAAAUGUGAAUCUGUUUCCUGCAUUGAAAGCGAUGCUUCUAUGUUAGCUCAGAAGUUUAAGGAAAGCCUAAUCAUAUUAUUACCAUCAAGUUCGACUGUUACUGCUGAUGACUCAAACAGUACUUUUACUUUUAUGCCCGUACCAAAAGAAUUUGUCUUGAUGGAACUGAAACGACUAAAGACUAAUAAGGCGAUUGGUCUUGAUGGUAUAAGCGCGCGGUUGCUGAAAGAUUCUGCAACUCGGAAGAGGACAUUGAAGUUUGACAGCUCCAAUCCAAACUGGAGGAAUGAUCUGCGUGACGAACUGCUUCAUCACGACAUAGAGGACGAAUUGUCAAUCUUAGAAGACAAAGAACUACCAAUGGGACAACAGGAUGCAGAGUGUGGCAUGGAAAGUGCACAGUCAUCAAUUAAAACAGUGCGAGAAGCGAUGGAAUUCGGUGAUGAAUUGCGAAAAUUUGCUCAAUUUAACGAGCACCAAGAGCUUUCGCUUGCUAUGUCAAGGGUGGAUGACUUGUUGAGUCAAAUUAAACUGAGCAGUCCGCAACAACAAACAAAAAUUCAUGACUAUUUUUCAGCGGUUUAA